AUGACAGAGACGUUGAUGGCUGCGGAGGCGCUUGCGCGGUUUGGUGGGGUGCAUGUAAUGAACACGAGUAUCAGUAUGCAUGACUCGCCUGCGCAGACAGUGGCGUCAUACGUCCCACAGGCAGCCUUUGCGAGAUAUGUGCAGAAGGUGCGGCAACACCUACGUUCUUGUGGUCUCAAUCUUCCCGUUGUGGCCACGCACCGUGUGCAUUCCAUCGCAGUAACAGGGUGUCUCCUGCGUGCGGGUGUGUGCGAUUUAGUCGGGGUGGCGCGGCCACUGUUGGCGGACCCGCAAAUGACUCGAAAAGCAGAAGAGGGUCACGAGGAGGCUAUCAUUCCAUGUAUUGCCUGCAACCACUGUGUGAAUCGCCUCUACAAGCAUCAGCGUAUCACCUGUGCGCUUAAUCCUACUAGUGGGUACGAACUUGAGCGGCGUUGGCGCCCAACGCCGUACAAAAAGAGCGUGGCAGUCAUUGGCGCAGGUGCGACUGGUGUCACGUGUGCGCUGACACUCUGGCGCCGUGGACACGAUGUGACGCUCUUUGAGAAAUCCAACUUUAUUGGCGGUCAGCUGAACCUGGCCAAGGUGGUACCAGGGAAGGAGCCCUACCAGGAGGUGCUGGAGUACUGGACCCGACAACUGCGUCAGUCGUCGAUCAAUGUUCGUCUUGGAGCCGAGUUUACGCGGGAGGAUAUGGCGCGGAAUCAUCAGUGUUUUUCACACGUUGGUGCUUUGCUGUGGAAGUGUGCCGCGCCCGUUCACCUCACACCAAAUCCCUGGACACCUCCGAGUGCCCUAUAA